AUGGAUGAACAAGAGAGAACUUUAAGGGAAUUGGCUGCACCAAAUGUAAAUCAACAGCCACUCUGCAUUACAUAUCCAGCUUUGGAAGUAGGUUUUGAGUUAAAAUCUGGAUUGAUCAAUUUGCUCCCAACUUUUCAUGGUCUUGAGAAUGAAGAUCCUCAUAAGCAUCUGAAGGAAUUCCACGUGGUGUGUUCAAGCAUGAAACCACAAGGAGUGACCGAAGAACAAAUCAAAUUACGUGCUUUUCCAUUCUCGCUGAUUGAAAAAGCAAAGGAUUGGUUAUUUUAUUUGCCCCCUGGCUCUAUAACCACGUGGACGGAGAUGGUGAGAUUGUUUCUUGAUAAAUUUUUCCCUACCUCACGAGCUGCUUGCAUUAGAAGGGAGAUAUGUGGAAUAAAACAGAAAGAUAUAGAGACCCUUCAUGAGUAUUGGGAAAGAUUUAAGCAACUUUGUGCAAGCUGUCCACAACAUGGAAUUUCUAAACAGCUCCUCAUUCAAUAUUUGUACGAAGGGCUCCUACCCAUGGAAAGGAAGAUGAUGGAUGCAGUGAGUGGAGGUGCCAUAGUGAACAAAACUCCUCGUGACGCUAGAGAUUUAAUCUCCAUCAUGGCCGCUAACUCACAACAAUUUGGAUUCAGGGUGAAUGAGGUAAAUAUAUCUUCCCUUGGAAAUCAAAUAUCCAAUCUAACUUCUAUUGUUCAGCAGUUAGCUAUAGGAAAUAUGCAACAAGUGAAAGCUUGCGGGAUUUGUGCUACCAUCGGUCAUCCAACUGACAUGUGCCCUACACUUCGAGAUGAUUCUCAUGAGCAAGCCAAUGCAGCUGGAGGAUUUCCAGGCCCACCACAAAGGAAAUAUGAUCCCUAUUCAAAUACCUACAACCCAGGAUGGAGGGAUCAUCCCAAUUUCAGCUAUGGAGCAAGACCACCAUUCCAACACUUUCAACCUAGACCACCUACUCCACCACCACAACAAACCUCCACAAGUUCAUGUAUGUCUCUAGAAGAAAUUGUUAAAUCAUUCGCAACUAACACACAUCAAUUUCAACAGGAGACAAGAACAAGCAUUCAACAAUUGGAGAAUCAAAUGAGUCAACUGACAUCUUCUAUGAGCAGAUUGGAAUCUCAAGGUAAAUUGCCCUCACAAAUUGUUGUUAACCCAAAACAAAAUGCUAGUGCAGUUACCUUGAGAAGCAGGAAGGAGUUGAAGGAACCCAUAGUUGCUUUUCAACCUCAAACUGACCAGCCUAGAGGACUUGAUAGUGAACAACCAAAGGCAUUGGUGACAAAUCCUCCCUUUCCUACUAGAUUGACUAAAUCCAAGAAAGAAGAGGAAGAGAAGGAAAUUCUUGAAACUUUUCGCAAGGUUGAGGUAAAUAUUCCCUUAAUUGAUGCAAUUAAACAAGUGCCUCGAUAUGCUAAAUUUCUCAAGGAGUUGUGCACCAACAAGAAAAAGUUGAAAGGUAAUGAAAAGAUAAGUAUGGGGGAAAAUGUUUCAGCCAUCCUCCAGAAAAAAUUACCUCCAAAAUGUAAGGACCCAGGUAUGUUUACUAUCGCUUGCAAAAUAGGUGAUGUUAAGAUUGAGAAAGCAAUGCUAGAUCUAGGAGCUUCAAUAAAUGUCAUGCCUCUCUCUAUUUAUUCAUCUUUGAAUAUUGGUCCAUUAAAAGAAAGAGGUGUGAUUAUUCAACUUGCUGAUAGAUCUAAUGUAUAUCCUAAAGGAGUCGUGGAGGAUGUCUUAGUACAAGUUAAUGGGUUGGUCUUUCCUGCUGAUUUUUAUGUUCUUGACAUGGAAGAAGAUGACUCUUCUAAUUCAACACUAAUGUUAUUAGGAAGGCCAUUAAAAACAUCUAGGACAAAAAUUGAUGUGUAUGAUGGUACACUCACCAUGGAAUUUGAUGGUGAAAUUAUUAAAUUCAAUAUUUAUGACGCCAUGAGGUANGUUGGAUAUUUGCCUGAUAUUGAUUCCUCCUUAAUUUUUAGUUGA